CGUGAGGCGCGGAUAUUCCGGGCGUAAGAGCAGAGGGUGGAUUGUUUUUAAAACAUGGCUUGAUCUUGGAUCUUCAUCUCCUUCCUCUCCCUUGCUUGCUGUUUGUAUACGACUCAUCCUCCACUUCCAUUCAUAUCAUGGACCGCCCUAUCGCUCGCAGCAACAUGAUUAGCACCAUUCCUGAGGACCACAUUGACCAUGACUACCAGACCGCCUGCAAAGCCAAGAGACGGCGUAUCUCGAAGGUGUCGAUGAGCCUGGGCAAUAUCGCCGCCGAAGACCUAAGAAGCGAAAUCUCACAAAGCAUCCGCAAGGAAUUGUCACGACGACGAAGCAGUGUCAUUGCUCCCGAACCACAACUCAAGUCCCGCCCGACAGAGACUGCCAACAUCUUCACCGCCGAGAAUACCGAAUCAGCUGCCUCCAAGGCAUUGAACAACUUUGACCUCUUCGAGCACAUUUUGAUGCAAUUGCCUUGGUCAGGCGAGGAGGUUGAAAUGCAACGACAGAGCAUCCGCGCCAUCAUGAAGACUACGCGAACAUGUCGCAGUUUCAAGGGCAUGAUCGAUGCAUCAGCUCGUCUGCAGAAGCGACUUUUCCUGGCUCGCGACUCGGAGCAAAAGAGACCUUGUUACUGUGGUCAUCAAGAGGAGGAUCAUGUUUGCGGCGCAGAGACAAACCCCUUCAUCGCACCGACACUGAAGAAACACAUCCUACACAACUCCUUCUCGUGCGAUCAACGACGACAGAAGCAACAGGCCGCAAGACAAGCAAGAGCGGAUCAACAAUCCCUCCGCAAACACCUUUCCAACACCAAUCAAUCACACGACGACUACUUCAGCCACCCAGUCAUCUUCCGCGACCUCCAAGACAAGCAAAAGAAACACAUGCUCGCCUUCAAAAUCUCAGAGAACGACCCCUUUUACCUCCUCGGCGAGCGCUCUCCUCCCAAUGCGAGUUGGCGCAGCAUGUAUUUCUCCAACCCUGCACCCACGCGCAUUGAGCUGUAUUACUGGAGUUAUCUCAUCCGCUGUGAAUCACAAGAUGGAAAACCCUUGACUGCUGGCUUCGUUUGGGACACCAUUCACGAGACUUUGGAGGUCGCGAGACAGCGCAAGGCGCCUGGAUAUCAGUACGAGGGUGACGAGCCGUUGCUUGUGCUGUUGGGGUCUUGGGAGCAAGAGGACGGUGAGGGCAGACAUGUUUACGAUUGGUUGAACCAGAGGCAUGAGGCUUGCGGCAGUCCUGCUUGUCGUUAUGCGAAGGUCUGAGUGAUGGGCAGCGACUUGAAAGUCAUCUUUUUCCUGCGAGUUUUCUGUUCUUGUGAGCGUUCUAGCGUUGUUGUUGCGUAAUGAUUGUUUUC